AGGGUAGCGGAGCCGGCGCCGCCGCCAUGUUGGGUCUGAGGCGGCUGCUGUAGGCGCCGACGGAGCGAGCGGGCUUGUGGAGCGGCGACAGCGGCGUGGGAUCUGCCUCUCUGCGAGCGGCCCGGAGCGGCGGCGGCGGCGGCGCCAUGAGCGGGGGCACCCCUUACAUCGGCAGCAAGAUCAGCCUUAUCUCCAAGGCGGAGAUCCGCUACGAGGGCAUCCUCUACACCAUCGACACCGAGAACUCCACCGUAGCCCUCGCCAAAGUUCGGUCCUUUGGUACAGAAGACAGACCAACAGAUCGUCCCAUACCACCUCGAGAUGAAGUCUUUGAAUACAUCAUAUUCCGUGGGAGUGAUAUUAAAGACCUCACUGUUUGUGAGCCACCAAAACCACAGUGUUCUUUGCCUCAGGACCCAGCUAUCGUUCAGUCUUCACUAGGCUCAUCUACUUCUUCAUUCCAGUCAGUGGGUUCCUAUGGACCUUUUGGCAGGAUGUCAACAUACAGUCAGUUCAGUCCAAGUUCAUUAGUCGGGCAGCAGUUUGGUGCUGUCGGUGUUGCUGGAAGUUCAUUGACAUCCUUUGGAACAGAAACAUCAAACAGUGGUACCCUAUCCCAAAGUAGUGCAGUUGGUUCUGCCUUUACACAGGAUACAAGAUCACUAAAAACACAGUUAUCUCAAGGUCGUUCAAGCCCUCAGUUAGACCCUUUGAGAAAAAGCCCAACCAUGGAACAAGCAGUACAGACCGCCUCGGCCCACUUACCUGCUCCAGCACCUGUUGGGAGAAGGAGCCCUGUAUCAACCAGGCCUUUACCAUCUACCAGCCAAAAAGCAAUAGAGAAUCAAGAGCACAGGCGAGCUGAAGUACACAAAGUUUCAAGACCAGAAAAUGAGCAACUCAGAAAUGAUAGCAAGAGACAAAUAGUUCCAGGUGCUCCUUCAGCUCCAAGGAGAGGGCGUGGGGGUCAUCGAGGUGGCAGGGGACGAUUUGGUAUUCGACGAGAUGGUCCAAUGAAAUUUGAGAAAGACUUUGACUUUGAAAGUGCAAAUGCACAAUUUAACAAGGAGGAAAUAGACAGAGAAUUUCAUAAUAAACUUAAGUUGAAAGAAGAUAAACUUGAGAAGCAGGAGAAGCCUGUAAAUGGUGAAGAUAAAGGAGACUCAGGAGUUGAUACCCAAAACAGUGAAGGAAAUGCAGAUGAAGAAGAUCCUCUUGGCCCUAAUUGCUACUAUGACAAAACCAAAUCCUUCUUUGAUAAUAUUUCUUGUGAUGAUAAUAGAGAACGGAGACCAACCUGGGCUGAAGAAAGAAGAUUAAAUGCUGAGACAUUUGGAAUCCCACUUCGUCCAAACCGUGGCCGUGGCGGGUAUAGAGGCAGAGGAGGUCUUGGUUUCCGUGGUGGCCGAGGGCGUGGUGGUGGCAGAGGUGGUACCUUCACCACCCCUCGAGGCUUUCGUGGUGGAUUCAGAGGAGGUCGUGGGGGCAGGGAGUUUGCAGAUUUUGAAUACAGGGCAGAUCAGCUAUCUGUUGAAGAACCUGUGACAGCUCCUUGUUGAAGACCACAUGGAGUCAACUUGUCUUGAGGAAAAGAAUGCUUACUUUAAACUCGGAUCCUGAUGAGAAUUCUAGUGGUUGUUGCCACUGUGACUUCAGUUGCCUCGUUAAAUCUUUCAGGCCCUCGGUUUUUACAUUUUUGGAAGCAGAGUUACGCUUUUAUCAAAUACACAUUUUUUUAAAUGUUUUAUUAACAUAUAAUCUAUUAUAUGUUAAUCUAUUAUGAGUCCCAGGGGUACAGGUCUUUGUCAAAUACACAUUUUAAAGAUCAUUAAGGUCUCAGAGUUAUAAAGCAUCUGAGAAGUCAGAGCUCCUGGCCAAGCUGUGAGUCCUGAAGUAUCCCUUUAGGGGCUGCCAGCUUACUUCUAAAAGCAUCCAUCCUACCCCAGGGGUAGUUCAAUUAGUAGGAUUCCACAGUGUGGGUGAAGAUCUUUCCCCUUUUAUCUUCAUUCUUAGUUUCACUCUAGCCUUAUAAACACACAGAAUAUACAGACUCCUCCAUGAUAAUUCCUCAAAUAUUUGAAGCAGCAGCUGUCAUCUCAUCUCUGAGAUUGGACAGUUAUUUCUCAUUAUCUAAAUGGUCUUCAGUAAAUCUUUAAAUAACUGCUGUGUGCAUAGUACUCGCAUUUAUUAAUUUAGACUUUUGUAGCUCUGUCUCUGUUCAUCAAAUUUGAGCCCCCAGUGAAAUCCCGUCUCACACGUUGCAGAACUAGAAUUCAUCGUAGAAGUUGUCUGCAUGCGUCUUUAUCCACAUUAGUGUAUCCUUGACAAAUAGUCCAGCCUCUGUUUGGGUGUUUCAAGGCAUGAUAGAUCGACAGAGCCCUAGAUGUUGCCCUGGUGGUAAGGUUCUAAUGUGACAUUGUACUGCCUGCUCUUCUUACUCUGUGCGGAUCCCACUGCUAUAAUAUCCAGCCCCGUUUCUCAUUGUGCUUUAAGGUGUUUGGUUCAAGCAAGUUGACUCGUGGUCAGUGCUUAUACACACUGUCCUUGAUUCCAACUUUAACCUCAUUUUGUUGACCAAAUAUAAUGAAGUCUUCAUGUAUAGCAUGCACUGUGCUGGAUAUUAAUGGUAAGCAAGAUGGGUGCAGUCCCAGCCUUGUUAGUGUUUUAGUCCAGUGGGGAGAGAGACACAGCUAAAGGUCAAGUUUCACAUCUUUCACAGUCUUCUCCAAGGUUUGCUCUGUCCUUGGAAACUUCUCUUCCUGCACUGAUUUCUUCCUUUUCUGACUCCUGUGGAUCUGCUUUCAUCGGUACACGUUUUAAAUACACUCAUGUUCCAUAUUUCAUGUAUUUUUGUUCCGCAUUUCCAGCUGCAUACAAGCCUCUUGACGUUAGUAAACGUGUAUUCUACUUUUAAUUUUCACCAGCAGACAUGGAACCGUAGUGGGCUUAAAGUAAGUGCUCAUCAUGUUGAUUAGUAAUACACUACUUCAGCCUUGAGUAAGGUAGGAGGUCCAUCAGUGUGAUUAGUCCUUGUUUGUCCAUUCCAAAGUUAAAUGACCCUUACAUCUGGCAUGAGAGCCCUGACCUCACAUUCUCCACCUUCUAAAUCAUACCACCUGGCACCUUUAGAGGCGGAAAUAGUGAUUGAUCACUAUUAAAUGAAGAAAAUUCACCUUUAAGGAUUAAACUCCUUUCUAAAACUACAUCUGAAUCUUCUCAGAGAAACGGAGGUUAUUGGCAUUUACAGCAGCCUUCAUGUAAUGCGUUGACUUUAUUCUUUGUGCUCUGUUGGCAUGAAUCGUUAGUUUUGAGGUGCGCAUAAGCAAGUCUGGUUGUUGAAUGAAAACAUAGGCAAGGUAGGAUUGUAGAUUUUUAGAACUCCUUAAAAAUACCAGCUGAACUCUAAACUCUCUCUCACCCUGCCCCCAGUAUAUAGUUAAGAAACCAGCAACCCAGAGAGGUUAACUCUCGUGAUCUGGGUACAAACUAGUAAAGCCAAAACUUACUCUCUUUGACUUCUAGUCCAGUUUUCCUUGAGGAUAAUGUUAGAAGCAUAAAAUUGUGUUAAUAAGGUUGGUCCUGUGGUGCUUUGUGGGGGUGGGGGAUGAGGAGAUUAGUUUGGGUUUGUAGUAAGAAUAUAGUUAGCUCCUAUUUUAUAUGCUGCUGCUGCUGCUGCUGCUGCUGCUGCUGCUGCUGCUACAGAGGUUAAGUAAGCCACCAUGGUAGGUGAGACAGAUUACCUCCUGUUUGAGUCUGUUUCUUCAGAUAGGGUCCAGAAACAAAGAGGUAACCCAAAUGACUUAGCAUGGUACUCUCUCUCCCUUUCCCCCUUUCAUUUUCUCCUCUCUUUCCCUCUACUUCUCUGUAUCCCUCUACCCCUCUCUCCUCUCUCCCUCUUUCUUUCUUUUUUUUACC